AUGUUGAGGACAGCAACACCCACUACUAUCAGAAGUACUCACGCUCCUGAGCACCCUGAAGUAGACACUUUUGUAACAUCCAGUCCUAGUCCGCCUGGAGAUCAAUACACAGUUCAUAUAAACCUAAUUCCCUUAACUGAUUCUGUUGAUUUUUCGCCAAAACAAUUGACAUUUACACCUGCUCAAGAAAUUAAAAUCGGUAGAGUCAGUGCUAGUAGAAAUCAAAGAGACUCAAGAUCAGACAAUGGUGUUUUUGAAUGUGAUGUAAUGUCAAGGGAACAUGCGGUACUUAAAGAGGAUGGCGGAAAGAUUACGAUUAAAGACUUGAAAAGCACCCAUGGAACUUUUAUAAAUAGUAUAAGAUUGGGCGAUGGAUUGGAGGAUAGCGAAUGGAAGGUAUUGAACCACAACGAUAUACUUGCAUUUGGACAUAACGUCAGGCGUAAUCAGCUUAUAUAUCAACAUCUAGCUGCACGUGUUUUCUAUCCGGAAGGAAUUGUUAAUACUAAUAAUAUCACAAACGAGCAAAAUUUUACUGACAAUAUAACAGAAACGGUGACUUCUGAUGACGUCGAAAAUCUUGUAAAUCAGAAUGAUGAUGUCAUUAAAAAUCAAAUAAUUAUCGAAACCACCUCCAUAACAAAUAAGUCGAUAAAUAUUAACGAGCAACCAAAUCAAAAAAAGGAUGUUGAAAAAAUAGACAAUCAUGAUUUAUUAGAAAAAGAAAAUAUCCAAAUAGAGCAAUCAUCCUCAUUAUUAUUAAAUAUUGAUACAACCAAUGAUACAUACCAUGAACCAAAGAAAGAUGUGACCUUUGAAAAAAAUAUUGUUUCUGGCGUCGAAGUUCGAGAUAAGAUUGAACAAACAAUGGUACCUUCUCCCACCGAAGAUGGACAUCUACCAAAACAUCUUCUUGUUGACCAAAAAGAGCAAGAAGUUAACCAAGCAAAUAGUUUACAGACAGACAGCAUCAACGAUACAUCGUCAUUACCUGGAAUUAAUGAUAAAGUAGAGGUUGGAAGUCCAGAAAAACCUGUUACACCAGCAAUCACGCCAGAUCAUCACCCUGCCUCUCCUAUAACUGAAACAUCAACUAAAGACGAAGAUACAGCCAGUAUAAGCACAUAUUCUCCACCUGAUAUUAAAAUAAAAGAAAAUAUAGCUUCACAAAUUGUACAAGACUCAAAUCAAAUCUAUCUUUCACUUAAUGAAAAUAUUAAUGAUUCUGAACACAAAGACAACAGCGACAAUUCCGAUAUUGAUGGUGAAGGACCAUCUAUCUUGAGUCAAGAAUUAGAAGAAUCUGUUAAAUUGACUACUAAUCGCAAACGCAAAUAUGAAGAUAUGAAAGAUGGAAAAGAUGAAACAGAUGAAAUGGACCUUGGAAAUAAAUCAAAAGAAAAAGAGGGUAAUGCAUCUAAACGUAUGAGACUUGAAAUUUUAUUCUCGGCAACGGUUGGAUUUGCUGUUGGAGCAACUGGUGUUUUUCUUUAUUACUUUUCUGGUAAUUGA